GUAAUCAAGAUGGCGCAGAUAACUCCAGGACGUCUUUCUUGUAUCUCAGAGAUCAGAUUCGCUGUAACAAUGCCAGACAAAAACCCCCAAUUCCUUGUCGUUAACCCGGGUAUGUCUGUGGAACAAAUGGUGGAAAAUCUCAGUCAGUCGUGGGGAUUAAAGGAUCCAUCCUCUUAUGCUUUGGUGGACACUGAAACGUCAUUUUACAUAACUGAGAAUAAUCGCAACAAACUGAGAAAUGGCAUUGUUUUGACAUUGUCUGAAUCACCAAGGAAAGCAGUUCAUAGAUUGAUUGGUCGAAUGAAUAGUAAAGAAGAGCAAGAGAAUCGUGAGGCUCUCAAACAGCUUGCCAUGAGUGCUUUGGACUUUACAUUCGUAGAAUUCUUCAUCGAAGAGCAUGGGGUUCAACUGCUAUUAAGAUUCCUAGAAAGUGGAAACUUGCCUGGUGCCGUGCUAGCACAUUCUUUAACAGCAAUCCUUGAAAUCAUGGAACAUGGGCUAGUCCCAUGGGGUACACUAUCACCAGAGUUUGUCAGUCAGGUGACAGAGUAUGCUAAGAAGUCAAAGGGCCCUUCAGACGCCACAGUUACACAAAAGGCACUCGCAUUAUUGGAGCUUGUUGUGCUAAAUAGUCAAACUUUAUAUACCAUCGUUGCCAACAAUAUUCUCUUUGAUGACCUUAUUCCCCAUCUGAGUCGAGGCUCGGAGAUUCAACAAUGUAGUAUUGCACUGAUGAAUGCUUUGUACCUAAGAGCGCCUCCUGAAAGGAAAAAGAGAUUUGAAGAUUCUCUUGUUUCAAAAGACGUAAGAACAGCAAUUCUUGAGAAAGUUAUCCGUUUACAGCCCAGCGGUGGUGAGAUGCUUCAUCAGAUUUACGUCUUUCAACAGUUAACCUUUAACCUUUUAGAUAAAAAGUUGAACAUGCCAAUUGAUGUAAACACACAGCAAUUUGAACUUCAACAAGAUAUCUAUGAGUUGAUAAGGAUUGCAUUUGGAAACGACAUGGAUGCGAAAUCAAACAAAUAUUUCAAAAAACUUGGUUUUCAGGAUUGUGAGAGCCCCAUCAAUGACUUCAUGGUGACCCCACCUGGAAUCCUUGCCCUCAACUGCAUGUACUACUUUGCCACCGAACACACAGGCAACUAUACACGGAUUGUACUUGAGAAUUCUUGCCGUGGAGAUGCUCAUGAGUGUCCGUUUGGUAGAACCGGAAUUGCGUUGACCAAUCUACUCUGUAGCAUACUGCAUGUUGGAGAAAUGCCUGACGACAGCACUCAAACUUAUCAUCCAAUGUUUUUUGUGUGUGACAAGCCUUUUGAAGAAUUCUUUUGUGUGUGCAUACAACUGUUGAACAAAAGUUGGCGCGAUAUGCGUGCCACCGUUGAUGACCUUGAUAAGGUUCUUAGUGUUGUCAAGGAACAGAUUGAGUAUGCACUGAAAGACAAGCCUUCUACAUUUGAGACCUUCAGAACGAAGCUAACAGCACUCAACUACAGUGAAAUUCAGAGACGCAGACAACAAGAACGGUCAAACAAGGAAGAAAUGGAUUCCCAGUCAGCUCCUGUUGUUGAACUUCGUAAUAAAAUUCGUCCAGAGAUUAUUGAACUGAUCAAACAGCAACGACUGAAAUAUUUAAUGCAAGGAACAGCUGCCCCCGGCACCACCAGGACUUCAGUUCAGUUUUUCUGUCGUCUCUCACCAAACCAAAAGUAUGUGCAAUAUGUAACCGUACCAGAAGAUAAACCAAUUACAGAUAACGAAGACUGGCAGACCAUUGAAAUAAGGGAAAUAACAUCAAUAGGUUCUGGAACUGAAAGGAAGGUAAAGAAAAGAAUUGGUUUUAGUAUUCAAGGUGAUGCAAGUACCAGUCCGGUGGAUAUUUAUGUACCGCAUAUCCAUGCCCUAGACAUGUGGAAGGAUGGUUUAAAUGCUUUACGAGGGUUGGAGAUGACCAGUGAACAGACGAAGUCUGACCUCAAGACGCUGUUGGGAAUGGAGAUGAAGCUACGAUUACUGGACACUGCCAACAUCAAGAUCCCAUCGGAGUGCCCACCAAUCCCUCCUCCACCUAGCAACUAUGAUUUCUAUUAUGAAUAGCUGUGGUGUCAAAGGUCAUUGUUUCUUCUCAUCCAUUCAACAGAGUUGAUGCUAAGCACAAUUACUUUCAGAUUUAACAUUUUUUCCAACUGGCUUUUAUACCUUUUUACUAGAUAGGUUUUAAAUAAAAUGCUGUAGCAGUUAUUUUCUCUUUGCUCGUUAUUUAUUAAGACUGGUUAUUGUUUACCACCACAGACCAGUUUAAUUGCAAUAGCAGUAGAUUAGAAGAAAAUCUGUAUAUUUUCAUGCAUGCCUUAACUCUUUCAAAGUGUUGUACAUUCAAAAUAUGAAUGUUCAGUUUUAUUCCAGUUAUAUGAAAAUGUAUUUAGCCUGUAAAUAGACAAGUUUACUAGUUCGAACUGUUUGAUAUAAAUAGAUUUUUAGAAUUGAAGAAAGUAAUAAUUUACCAUCUGUUAAUUAAGAGUCAAAAUUGCUAAUUUAAAGAAUCUAAUUUAAGCAUUAUGUUUUAAUAGUGAUCAUAAAACUGUGUUGAGUGAAUCAAAUCGUUUUCUAUAAUACAACUGCAAUUUUGAUAUAAAGUAUAUUUUUUACUAAGUUCACACUUUUUGUGUAAAACGAAGAAUGUAAUUAUUAUUAUUAUUAUUAUUGUUUUUAUUAUAGUUACUUACUGUUAUAUUUAUUAUUAUAAUUAUUAUCAAGCACAUAACCAGGUGGUUUCUAUGGUUCAGCCAAACCCACUUUUAAGCAAAGCCAUCUCCUCCUCUAAUAAUAAACCAAACCACUUCCAUCUUCUAUCGAAUACAAUGCGGGCGAGUCGAGUGGCGGAGCGGUAAAGCAGGGGCGCUGGUAUCUACAGCCUUAACAUCAGCGCUGGUUUCAGCAGCUCCUCGCCCAUGGUUCAGUUGGUAGAACCAAGUCUUCUCAGACAAGGACUUAAAAUGGAGGUCCAGUGUAUACAUCUGGCUCGUGUGCACUUUAAAGAACCCAUUGCAUCUUUCGGAAGAGUAGGGGGUUACCCCGAGGUUAUGGUUCAUUUCAGUCUCUGUCGUUGGAAUGAUGCAAACAUGUAGCUACCAUGAGUGCCUCUUUACGGCUGCUAGGUAGUCAUGGACCAUAUGCAAUUCAGCACAAUGUCGCUGCAAGUUAUUGGUUAUUCUCCUACCUUUACCUUACCAUCAAAAUGAUAACAUUUACCAAUUACACACUAGAAUGCUCCACCCCAGGCCUUUUCCCCUAGACCCCACCUGGUACCUAUGUUCCACCUGAACCCCUGGCUGUCAUAAAUAAUGGUCUCUUAAAAAACCCUGACUACAGGCCUAAUUAUUAUUACUGUAUUAUUUUUUUAUCACUAGACAAAUUACAGCUGAAUUAAUUUCAAUUACUGUAAAAUUGCUGAUCUCAUUAACCAAAAUUGUGUGAAGUAUUUCGGCUUAAAAUAACUGCAUUAUUAUUUUAGUGUGCAAUUACCCAAUACAGUUUCAUGGAAUUUUGAUACAGAUAAUACCUUUUAAAACUUUUGUAAAAUGAUUUUGAUAUUAAUUAAUGUUUGUUUAAUUUUUAUAAUAUAUUAUUUCUAUUUAAUGCUUGGAGACAUUUUUCCAUGAUCAAACAUUUUAUAUCAUUUUUAGUAAUUGUAUGUCUUCCUCUUCGGUUAAUGAAUUUUUAUAUGCUAAUUUAGCCGAUCAUAAUGUAUUGUUGACAGUUCUACAUAUAGAAAACUACUGUACAUGUUUGUCCAUUUUGAUAUACUUUAAUUAUUAGCUAACUUGUGUGUGAAUUUCCUUUGAUAGUAUAAUUAGGCAAAAAAAAUAUCAUUUGCUAGAAACUUAAUGGUUAUGGUUUUGUUGCUCUGCUUGCUAAAUUAUGAAAUAGAUCUCAUAACUUUAUAAUUUCAGACAUAGCAAGUCAUGUUUCAUUUGAAUAGACAAUGAUAAGGUAACUGAAAUAAAAUUUCACUGCCCUGCAA